AUGGAAAGCCACCUUACUACCUUAGUUAAGUUUAACAAACCUAUCUCAACGGGUGUAUCGCCUGCAGCAGAACUCGUAUGCACGGCUAUUAUGUUUGGCAUUGAACACAACCUCCUGGUCGUCGGACCGAUGAAAUCACGACGGGCCAACGGAAUUUUGGCCGGGACAUAUUUUGUAGUCUGUAGCUCUGCGAAAUCCGGAUUCGGAUGCAUCAAUUCGACCGUGGACGAUGACUGGAUCUCGACUUCAGACGACUGA